UAGCAAUGUCUGUCAGAAAUUUAUAUUUAAGCAUCAUGUAUUUAUCACGUUUUUAAAACGUGUUAGUAAAAGAAUAACAUUGGAAGACAAUUGUAGCAGAUUCUUGAAUCAUAGAGCAGACGACAUGAUGAAAUGUUACCGACAGUGACGUAAAUCUCGAAGGAGUGUGCUUGUUAUACAGAAAAUGGACUCCUUACUGUUGCUUGGGAUUUUUGUAGUAAUUCUGGUUAUAAUAUUCCUCCUGAUGCAGAUGUACAGACAUUAUAGGCUACAGCAUUAUGAGGUACCAGCUAGGGACAUAACAAAAGGGCACAAGUUCUACAUGGUGGAUGAGUUUCCUGAACAAACAUACUGUAACAUUGGUCACAAUAAAAUUAAACAUGGUGCUCGCUGUGACAGCUGUGGAAUUUGUGUUGAUGAUCACAACAUGAAGGAAGCCAAUAAAAAAAUUCCUUGUAAACCAGUGUCUGUUGAAGGUUCAAGACUUGAACAUUACUGGGUGCAGGGUAACCUCCCCUUGUAUAGUAAGUGCUUCACAUGUAAUGAGGACUGUGGAACUCUGCCUCAUAUCUGUGAUAGAAAAUGUGCUUGGUGCCAACAAACUGUGCAUGAAGAGUGCGCUCCUAAGUCUGACUUUUGUGAUUUAGGACCUAACAAAACUGCCAUAAUACCACCAACUUGUAUUAAGUUGAAAAGUGUUGGAAUGAAAGGUCGUAAACGACUUGUAAUUAAAGAAGCUUCCAUUCCAGACAUUAAGAACUGGAAUCCUUUACUUGUGAUAGGAAAUCGUAAAAGUGGCAAUAAUGAUGGAGAGUAUAUUCUAAGAUCUUUCAAAACAUUGCUGAACCCUACACAGGUUAUAGAUUUAAAUGAUGAUUCUCCAGAGCAUGCAUUAGAAUGGUGUCGAUUACUUCCCUCUAUCACUUUUCGAGUGUUAGUUUGUGGUGGUGAUGGAACCAUUGGCUGGGUACUGAAUGCCAUAGAGUCUUUAAAAUUACAGAACCCCCCUCAAGUGGCCAUUUUGCCCUUAGGGACAGGAAAUGACUUGUCUCGUGUGUUAGGCUGGGGGGAGGGCUACACUCAUGAAGAUCUUGAUGUUAAUAGUUUUAUGAGAAAACUUCAGGAAGCUAAGCCUGUCAAAUUAGACAGAUGGGCUGUUCGGGUAAUUAAUACAAAGAAAGUGAUUGGAAAAGUGAAGAAAAUAAUUAUGAACAACUACUGCUCUCUGGGUGUUGAUGCACUAGUGACGUUGAAUUUUCAUCGUCAGAGGGAAUCAAAACCUUGGUUGUUUGCACACAGACUAAUAAAUAAGCUUUGUUACUUCUAUUAUGGGACCAAGGAUGUUUUAGAGAAUGAAUGUAAAAAUCUACAUAAGAAAAUUCAGGUGGAACUGGAUGGACAGUUGAUAGAUUUACCUGAGAUUGAAGCAAUUGUGAUCUUGAAUAUCAGCAGCUGGGGAGGGGGGUGUCAGCCAUGGGGAGCUGGGCAUGAGGAGAAAAAACAAUUGAAAGCACCCAGUUACAAUGAUGGAAUACUUGAGGUGAUGGGAAUAUAUUCCUCCUUCCAUAUUGCCCAGCUUCAGGUGGGCAUGGCUGAUCCUAUAAGACUAGGUCAGGCAAAAGUUGUCAAGAUUAGUUUGAGUGGGAGCAAUGUACCAAUGCAAGUGGAUGGUGAACCAUGGGAGCAGUCUUAUCCUGCUGAGAUUAUCAUCACUCAUCACAGCCAGGCCACCAUGUUGUCUCUCUGAUGAGGUUUUAUAAGUCAAGCUUGAAUUACUUCGAUGUUAUCCCUUACUUGCAUAUCUGUCCUCUGUACUUCUCUGUCCACGUUAGUCCCUAAUAUUUUUAUCAGAAUGAUAAGCCCUAAAAAUUUCAUCUUUAAGUUGAUGUAUCUUCAAAUUAAAUAUUUUUUUCCAAUUUUAUAUCUAAUAUCAUAAAGACACAUAAUGAAGUAAACAGAAUUCUGUGUGUAAGAAAAAUAAAUAGUUUGUACUAGUUUGUACUCAGAAUAUUUUACAGUGCUAAGCAUCUUUUUUUUUAUGUAGAUGGUUUUAGAAUUGGAAAAAAAUAUUGAAUUUUGACUUGCUUUUACCAUUACAGAAAUUUAAAAAGUGAAUCAUGUUGAAAAUGACUUAAAUUUGAACAUUAAUGUUUUGUUCUCAAGGAAUUCACAUGUACAUCUUAUUUUUUCUUAUGGCUGUGGACAAUCAGUGAUUAUAAUAUAUGAACUAUUUUCAUGUCACCUGCCUAGCAUGGUAGACACAUAGAGAUCACUUUGUCUGUCUGACUGUUUAUCUCUAGAGGUCUCGCUUUCAUAGUAAAAAAACAGAACUCUUCAUUCAGAUCAUGAAACUCCGCGAAAAGAUGCAUCUCAAUAAGAUAGAAACAUCACAGGAAGUUAUAAUAGUCAGCUCAAAAUAAUUCUUUUACAGUUUUUUUUUUACAGUGUAUAUAUAAAUACAUGUAAUAGCUAAAAAAUUAGAAUCUUAAAAAGAUCAUGAUUUUUUUAAAAAAUGUUAUUCCCUUGACCUAAUUUUAAAAUAAGCAUGUUUGAAAUACUGACAUUACCAUGUAAUACAAGCAGGUAAUAACACAUGUUCUGAUAUGAUUGAUAACAUCUUCAGGAAAAUACUCUAUGGCUUUUACAUUUUGUGUUGUAUUUGUAAUCCUAUAUUGAUUUAAUGUUGAUGCUGCAAUGUUUCAUCGUUUGAAAAAAAGUAAAGAAUAAUCAUGAUGUGUUGCCCUCUCAUACUUGGCAUUUUAAAUAUGUUCAGUGUAAGAGAUUCAAGAAAAAACCUGGACAUUCUACUACAUGUAAUAAGAGCUUGCUGCAUGUAGUUAAUAAAGUUAACUUAAAUGUAAGAUAUUUUGAAUUUUUGCACCACAUUUAAGAUUUGAUUUUCUUAUGACAUCCAUGAUUUUGCCAUUUUCAAAUGGAAAACAUUGAUAUUAGAAUACUCCAAUACAAUCUACUUCAUCAUAAUACAUUGUUUGACAGGCAAUCUUUUUCAUUUGAGAUGUUGUAAAUAUGUGUAUUUUGAGUGAAGCAAUUUUUCACAGUUAUAGUGUUUAUAUAUAUUUUGUUUUAAUUUAUUUUACACAUUCCUAUUUUAUAUUUAUUUUAUUAUGAAAAAGUUAUGUUUUUUUUUAUUAGUACAUCAUUUUUUUAUUGCCUUGGACUUGGGAUGAUGCAAAGCCAUUUCUUUAAAUUGUACAUGUACAAAUGUCUUUUUGUAAAGUAAGUAGCAGGGGGGAAACUUUUACUUGUGUCUGUUCAAUUAUGAUUUAUAUCUCAGUUAGUAGCUGCAUCACAAAUAUAAAUACAGUCCCUUUUGUGUCUGUCCAUACGUGCAGUACAAAGAUGCUUGGAGAUCACAUUAAAAAAUCCUAUUGCCUUUAACAUCAAAGCUAAGGCUAGGGUCAAAGACAGUGAAGGAUGGAAUUAAUGUUGAUGACACGAAGUAGAGAGUACCUUUUGACUUUUAAUCCUAGUUUCCUUUAAGUUAUUGCAAAGUUGCCAGGUGACAAUUGUAAAAAUCUGUUGAAUUCAAGUUCACAGAAGUCAAGAUGAAGACAGUCAUAGGUAAUAACAGUUUGGUGGGCUCCAUCUUUAGAGACUUAAUUGACAGUAGUUUGAAACUUAAUACUGUUAUGUGAUAACCUGAUGAUACUAGAUAUAAAAAUACUUUAUGUGGCAAAACAAUACCAGUACAUAGUUGAAGGUGUAAAGAUGUUUAAUAAGGUUUAAUAAUGUUUUGAACACAGUUUAAAAAGGUAUUCUUGGGAUAUAAUUUUGAGAAGUGUUGAUCCACUUUGCAGUGCCUAUAAUUGGCAUCAGUUUUCUUUCUGUUGUAAGUAUACUCCUCUUUCUAUAAUACUAACACUGGAAAUCCAUUAAUUCCACAAGUUGUAUGUUAGAUAUAUUAAUUGAAUUAAAUUAAUUUUUGAAGCACAUGGAGUUUAUAAGAACUUGUAAUAUAUUCUAUUCUAGUCAUAAUAUAUGAUCUCCUUUUAAGAGAUUUGUGUUCAUUACAUGAUCGUAUGAAUGCAUCAAAAGUAAUCGAGUUGAAGUUGCACCACAGUCUUCAUCCCCCCCCCCCCAAACAAAAAAUACUUGUAGCAUGACUUCUUAUUUUUUGUGUGUAAACAUCUUAAUUUUAUUAUUAUUGAAAUAAAUCUGAUCUUCUUGACAAAAUAUUUUUGUAUAUUAUAUGAUUUUGUAAAUGUGUCUUAGGUAAUUUAAAAUUUUCCAACAGUGUGAUUCUUUAUGUUUAGCAAGAACAUCUUUUUUCCCCCUUUUA